CAACCUAGAGAUGCCUUCCCAGUGUACACACACCUUUUCGUGAAAAAUUAUUUGGUGCUUUUAGGGCGCCAUGUGGCAAUGUCCCUCGUCAAUCACAAUCCACCAUCCACCAUGCUCCUCUUCUCAGUCAUCCUACACACAAAAUUAAGCACCACCAACUCCGUCAAUCACAAUACCAUGGUCACCACCUGGCGGUGUCCAGACCAACCAAUAACUUCUCCCUUUUCUCUCUAGUUUCUCAGCAACCAAACUGAAAGAAAAUCAAAUUUGACUCAAAAUGUAGACUGACAGAACACACUACAAAUCGAAGAACUGACAGCUUCGAUUCCGCAAUUACGCAUCCAAGAAACCUAACAAGGUUCCUAUGUUGAAGUUUGGAAAUUGAGGUGUCAUGUAUAAGGUGCACAACAAUACAAUCUAUUCUUAACUACACAACUGGACGUAUCAUAUCUUACCUUAUAAACAGGACCCAGCCACCUUCUCCAAUCGUAUUUGCAUCGGAGAAGUUGCUAGUAGCAGCAACAACAGUUGUGCAAUCAAAGAAAGGACCUUGUCACGAGGAGAAUGAUUGGCAAUGGUAGUGCAGAAAGUGGUCUCUACUUCCUGGAUCAACCGGACAAGCUUGCUCAUUCUUCCACCACGAGUCCUAUUGCCAAAGUUGAUUUAUGGCUGUGGCAUCGGCGCCUUAGACAUCCUUCUUUUUAUUUACUUAAGCAUUUAUUUCCAUCUGUUUUUGCAAACAAUAAUGUGUCUGAGUUUCUUUGUGAGUCUUGCCAACUUGGGAAACAACACAGAGCUUCUUUUGCUCCUAGUUUUAAUAAAAGUUUAGUUCCUUUUUCAUUAAUACAUUCUGAUGUUUAAGGCCCAUCUUGUGUUCUGUUUGUGAAAGGUCAUCGAUGGUUUAUGACAUUUAUUGAUAAUUUUUCUUGUAUUACUUGUGGUGUAUCUCAUGAAAGACAAGAGUGAGGUUUUCUCUGUGUUCCGCAAUUUUCAUAAGAUGAUUUGUACUCAAUUUGGGGCCAUUGUCAACAUCUUUCAUUCUGAUAAUAAGGGUGAAUACAUAGAUUCUGGGUUAGGGCAAUAUUUUUUUGCUCAUGACAUUAUCCAUCAAACCUCUUGCACCAAUACCCCUUAACAAAAUGGGGUGGCAGAACGCAAGAAUCGUCAUGUUCUUGACAUGGCUCAGUGCAUGUGCUUUUCUACAAGUGUGCCUCGGUCUUACUGGGGCGACAUUCUCACCGCUGCCCAUCUUAUUAAUCGUCUUCCUACUUAGGUCUUGCAAAAACAAGCUCCCCUCAAGUCCUUCUAGAUUCCGAGUCCUUGUUUUUUAUUCCUUCCAAAAUAUUUGGUUGUGUCUGUAUUGUCCACAAUCACUCUCGUGAGAAUAUAUUGUAUAUAUAUGGCAUUGUGUAUAUUAGGAAUUAGGCACGUAUUAGGCAAGAUUGUUUUAUUUCCUUUGAGUUAGAUGAAGAACCAGAUGAAGCAAAUCCGCUACAGCGACUAGGGUUUCGAUUCUGCAAGCUUGGGUUUCAAACCAGGCUCUGAUACCAUGUAAGGAUUUUUGAAUGAUCUAUAUAUUCAACUUGUUUAUUUACAAAGAGUUCAUCAGUUUAUAUAGCCUUAAAUGUUAUGACUGAAAAAGGAAAUACAACAAUCUUGCCUAAUUCAUAAUAUACACAAUGCCAUAUAUACACAUAAUGCCAUAUAUACACAAUAUAGUCUCACAACUCUCCUACUCAAAAGGGGUAUAAGUGUUAUCACCCUCCUUCUCGUAAGUGGUUUGUCUCCAUGGAUGUCACUUUUUUUGAGUCACAGUCCUAUUUAUUGUCCUCUUCGAUGUCACAGUCCUCUCUUCAGGGGGAGUCUUGGUGUGAAGUGAUGCCUCUUUGGUGUGAAGUGAUGCUUGUGAUUCCUAUGGUGGAACCAGUUGUUCUUGCACUACCACCUCUUACUGGGACUACAGAACCCAAUGUCACCAAGGAUAGGGAAGGGCAAGUUUAUGUCAGGGACAAAGACAGACAAAAAGUUAACUGGAUACAAAAGACCACUUCUGUUCACCUACUGCCAUCUCCUGCUUCUGAUGAGAGUCCAGUUCAACAAGUUGGCUUCAGUGGCAAGAAAAAAGAGAUAGUUGGAGUGAUCUUGGCAUUAUUAUUUCGACUUCUUCUGCUGGGUAUCAGCAUAACCUUGUAUCUCCGAAAAAAGAAGAAGAAUUUACAGCUGAACAGAGAAGGAAAUCUGAUGCACAACUCUGAACAAGGUUACAAUGACAAAAGCCAGAAGGAAGAUCUGGAGUUACCAUUGUUUGACUUAGCUGUAAUAGCUAAUUCCACGAAUAACUUUUCAAUCGAUAACAAGCUUGGAGAGGGUGGAUUUGGACCCGUUUACAAGGGUAUAUUGAAAGGAGGACAAGAAAUAGCUGUGAAGCGGCUCUCAAAGAAUUCUAGCCAAGGACUUAAUGAGUUUAAGAAUGAAGUCAUUUGUAUUGCUAAACUCCAGCACCGAAAUCUCGUGAAGCUUCUAGGAUGUUGCAUUCAAGGAGAAGAAAAGAUGCUGAUCUAUGAAUACAUGCCCAACAAAAGUCUGGACUUCUUUAUUUUUGAUCGAACCCGAAGCUCAUUACUAGAGUGGUCGAAGGGCUUCCACAUUAUUAAUGGGAUUGCUCGGGAACUUUUAUAUCUUCAUCAAGAUUCCACACUGAGAAUUAUUCAUAGAGAUCUCAAAGCUAGUAAUAUUUUGUUGGAUAUUGACAUGAACCCAAAAAUAUCUGACUUCGGAGUGGCUAGAAGUUUAGGAGGAAAUGAGACACAAGCAAAUACAAACAUAGUGGUUGGAACACGUGGCUACAUAGCUCCAGAGUAUGCAGUGGAUGGACUAUUUUCAGUAAAAUCUGAUGUAUUCAGCUUUGGUGUUUUGGUGUUGGAGAUUGUGAGUGGGAAGAGAAACAGAGGUUUCUAUCAUCCAAGUCACCGCCUCAACCUGCUUGGGCAUGUAUGGAGACUCUAUAAAGAAGGUAGGUCGUUGGAAUUGACUGAUGAGGCUCUAUGGGACUCAUGCUACCUAAAUGAAGUGUUGCGAUCAAUCCAUGUGGGUCUUUUAUGUGUGCAAUAAUGUCCAGAGGAUAGGCCAAGCAUGUCAUCUGUGGUUCUGAUGUUAGAUAGUGAAGGUGCAUUGCCUCAAGUCAAACAGCCUGGCUUCUUUACUGAAAGGAAUGUUCAUGAGGCUGGUUGUUCGUCAAGCAAGAAUGCAACAGUUUCGGCCAAUGAAAUCACCAUUACUCUAUUAAAUGCUCGAUAGAAACAUACAUUGUGUUGAUGUAAACUAUUUGCCCCGAAACCUACUAAAUAAAAUGAAAAUCUUUACUGCAUUCAAAGACAGUUUAAGUUGUAUAAACCAGUUCCCCUUUUUUGUAAUUUUCACUUGAAUUACAUCUGGGAUCAGUUUGGAAAGUCCUGUAAUCAUUGGAGUUUAGGUGGAUUUAGUUAGAUUUUAUACCCAUCUACAAGGUGGAUGCUAUGAUUAGUCAUUGUUUCUUGUUUA